CCCCAUUGUUUGUGCCGCUUCCGAAAUAUGGCAAAGGUUCAGGUGAACAAUGUAGUGGUGCUGGACAACCCGUCGCCCUUCUACAACCCCUUCCAGUUCGAGAUCACCUUCGAGUGCAUCGAGGACCUGUCGGAGGACCUGGAAUGGAAAAUUAUCUAUGUGGGCUCUGCAGAAAGUGAAGAAUACGAUCAAGUUUUAGACUCUGUUUUAGUGGGCCCUGUUCCUGCGGGAAGGCAUAUGUUUGUAUUCCAGGCUGAUGCACCUAAUCCAGGACUCAUUCCAGAUGCAGAUGCCGUAGGUGUAACAGUUGUGCUAAUCACAUGCACCUAUCGAGGUCAAGAAUUUAUUAGAGUUGGCUAUUAUGUAAAUAAUGAAUAUACUGAGACAGAAUUAAGGGAAAAUCCGCCAGUAAAACCAGACUUCUCUAAGCUUCAAAGGAACAUUUUGGCAUCUAAUCCCAGAGUCACAAGAUUCCACAUUAACUGGGAAGAUAACACAGAAAAACUGGAAGAUGCAGAGAGCAGUAAUCCAAAUCUACAGUCACUUCUUUCGACAGAUGCAUUACCUUCAGCAUCAAAGGGAUGGUCCACGUCAGAAAACUCACUAAAUGUUAUGUUAGAAUCCCACAUGGACUGCAUGUGACCACCUCCCAUCUCUUUAGUACAAAUUAAGCUAUUAAAACACAGAACUAUUUCCCUGAAAUUCUGUAAGUCAUACCCACUAAGACACAAUGUGAAGAAUUUGUUUAAAAACCAUCCUGUAGAAAGUUUAUAAGAAAACCAGUAUUUGAGCAAAUUGUGGAAUAUAAAUACAACUAUUUUUAAGUAAUUUUUUCUCUAAUGUGUUAUUUUAUUUGUUCUGAAACUAAUCUGAUUAAAUCAUAUAUUUU